AUGGGAAAACUUUUGACUGUAUUGAUAAUAACUAGCUACUUAUCUUCGAAGGUGAUUCAACCUUUUGACUGUUUAAAAGGUGUAGACGAGAGUAUCAAUGCAAAACAUAAAGAAGAGCCUAAGAAGGUGACGUGUAAAGGGGAUGAAGUAUUUAACAAAGGUGGGCCAGUUCUGGAGUUACUACAUGAUGUGGGUCCUAGUGGGCCAAAUGUUGUGAGAUCUUGUUUGGAAGGCCCAAAUUCAUUAGAUAGGGCCUGUAGGAUUUUGAAAAAGGAUAGGCCCAUUAGAAGAAAGACAAGGGAAGUUAGUGACUUGGGGGAAAAGUGGAAUUUCUUCCAUCUUUUUACGCUUGUUUGGCUCCAAGAAGAUCUGGAGCUAAUUCAGGAACAUCGAAGGAUAAUUUGA